AUGGAUGCUCAGUAUCCCUUUGCAUCACGCGAGGAUAUUUGGCGUGUAUUUGAAGAACUGAAGGAGCUUCACGCAACACAAUUCGAGCAGGGAGAGCGCAUUGCGCGGCUGGAACGCCGACGCGAUGAGGAUGCAAGGCUGAAAAGCGUCUGGGGCCCGGUGUCUCCGUUCCCAAGUUCAGUGGGAAGUACUAUCAAUGCGGAGCCGGUUUUUCAUCACUCGGCAGACGCUUUUAGGGGGUUCGAUCAAGGGCCUCAUCAUUCGGCAGUCAGCACGGUGGGGAUCGAUGUAGACGAGGAGCCAAGGCGCGGUGCCUCCCGGGCAAACAGUGUGCGGUUUGAUGAGAGCGCAAUACAUGGUUACUAUGGGCAGGCAAGUCGAUCGAGCAGCGAGCUGCCUCUCAGGACAGGCAGUGGGAUGGGAAGUCACCCGCUGACGGAGCGCUCGCUAUCCCAUCGAUCGGAUGGGAGGCGGAGCUCAUCCGGUCACUCGCAUCAUUCCGCUCGAACCAAUAGUCUGGGGCUUGAAACCUCGAGCCGCAUGAUGGGUUCCUCGGUCGGGGGUUCGCCGCUGAUGCCUCCUCCUGGGCUUUUCUUACUCGGGCCUGUUCCGUGCAUUAUCCGGUGCUGGCUGACCACCAACUUCUCGAACGAGUCGCUGCUGUAUGCUGCUGCCUGCUCCGGCUCGUACAGUUCCUCUGUGGGAUACUCGAUGAUCCAAAGGUUCGGCUUGGAAGACUUUCUCGUCCACGAAGAUGGCGUGCAAUGCGUCAAGCUACCUCUCUACCUCCCUGAAGCCAGCAUCCACACAACGUCCUCUCGCGCCAGCAGUCCAGCUCCCCAGGUCCCCACUGUGACUGUGCGGUUCAUUGUCCGCGAUCUCGAUCCCAGUGACACGACGGUUCAAAUCAUUCUGGGAAGCGAUGUUCUUCGCUCGCACAACGCUGAUGUUCUAUUCUCGCAAGAUAAGAUCAUCAUGGUUGACGAUGACCGGAACAAGAUCUCCAUCCCUCUUGUACGCCCGGAGAACGAGGCUGUUUUCAAAUGCCUUCACACUGCCCCGGUCUUGCCUCGCACGGAACCAGAAACCAGCCAAGAGCGAGAGGAUAGCGAGCUUCAUGACUCUGGGUAUAUCGGUCCGGGGGUAAUAGGGCGGCCGCCGAACCAGUCACGAUCCACAUCAGCCCCAUCAUCGAACCGAGUGUCGAUGGAGGAAAAUGACGAGAACCGCCGCAAGGCAGGCCCCCUGUCAUCAAGCCACGGAGACGUGGGUGACAGCCCUUACAGCCCACAGCAGACUGAGGACCUGUCCACCUCCCCAAUCGAUUUCGGGGUGUCUGCGCCGCACGCGAAGAUCCAGGGCGCCAGUGUCUGGAGCUCUUGGCGCCGUGACUCCAAACUUGACUCUUCUGGCAGUUCGACGGGGACCUCCUCAUUAUCACGAGGCCGCCCCAUGAAAGUCCUCCGGCCAUCAAAGUCGUCAAGCCGGAUAUCCACCGUAGCUGCUGCUGCUGCCGCCGCCACCGCGCCGUCAUCCACGACGGGCAGCACCGAUUCCGCAGACACACAAAUUCUGCACCACCACCACCACCAGAACGACAACACCAACAAUCAUCCGCCUGAAGGGCUAGUCCGCCGAUCAAGCACGUCGGGGGAUCUCCGGACGACGAAGCAGUGGGCCUCAAAUCCGAUCGGGGGUGCGUCCGCGUUCGGCUGGCUGAACACUUCGCAGCAGAGUAACCGGACAGUGACGAAUCCUCGAUGA